UCUGUACCACAAGACAACCACUAGACUGAUAAAAAAGACACCACGAAUCACUAUCUCUACCACUACAACCAUACUCUUCGCCGGAACCCAUUCGAUUAGGGUCGGAAAACAUGGCAACGGUCUCAACACAGAUCUCUCUAGCAAGUCUCCGGCCAUGCACGUCCAAGUCGAGGUUCCUGACUGGAUCUUCCGGUAAACUCACCCGGGAAUUCUCCAUUAAAACGAUGGCUUCCUCCGCUUCCGGUUCAUUUAGAAUCGAAGCCAAGAAGGGCGAAUGGUUGCCGGGUUUAGCCUCCCCAGGGUAUCUCAACGGCAGUCUCCCAGGUGACAAUGGGUUUGAUCCUCUUGCACUUGCAGAGGACCCUGAGAACUUGAAAUGGUUCGUCCAGGCAGAGCUGGUUAAUGGGAGGUGGGCAAUGUUGGGAGUAGCAGGGAUGCUGCUUCCAGAAGUCUUCACAAAGAUGGGUAUCAUCAAUGUUCCAGAAUGGUACGAUGCAGGGAAAGCUGAAUACUUUGCGUCCUCAUCGACCCUGUUUGUGGUUGAGUUCAUCUUGUUCCACUUCGUAGAAAUCAGAAGGUGGCAAGAUAUUAAGAACCCAGGAAGCGUCAACCAAGAUCCCGUCUUCAAGAGCUAUAGCUUGCCACCCAAUGAGGUUGGAUACCCUGGUGGCAUCUUCAAUCCCCUUAAUUUUGCCCCAACUCUAGAGGCCAAGGAGAAGGAGCUUGCAAACGGGAGAUUGGCAAUGCUGGCAUUUUUGGGUUUUGUUGUUCAACACAAUGUGACAGGAAAAGGACCUUUCGAAAACCUCCAACAGCACCUCUCUGACCCAUGGCACAACACUAUAGUCCAGACGUUCGGGGGCAACUAAAUCAGAUUGAAAAACACAGUAGUGAUCCUGUUCAAUCUUUUGUACUCAUGAGCCAAUUUAUUUUUUGAGUAGGAUGAGCUUCAAUAUAGACAGGAAUUAAGAAAAAAAAAUGCCCUUCAAUAUGUAGGGGAACUAAUAAUGUAUUAUUACUUCAAUUCAAUCUUCUGUAUCUGCUACUAUUGUAUUAGAGUAUUAGGUUACAACAAUUGGGUUGAUAAAAAAAGAAUGGGAACAAUUAUCUGGAUAACUUUCAUUACUAUGAGUCCAAUUUACAGCUCAGGUUACUGAGAAAAAAUAAAGGAGACAUGGGCCUC